CAGGAAAAAAACGUGACGGUAGUUGCUGUUCUCGUUGUUUUCGUCAAAACCAACAACUUUUUUUGUCUCGCCAUGGCUACAAGGGGUUUUGUUGUUUAUUUGCUUUGUUGUUUCUCGGCUUCCGUUCUAUCUGCUUUGCUCUUUACCGACCGGAAUGAUACGAAUGGUUACCGGAAGAACUCAUCCCUCUUCUACACCCCAUAUGAAUCGAGCAGUGAAAAAGUUUGGCCUACUGAAACUGGUGUUACUUUGGUUGAUGCCUCUGUGCAGGAAUUGGAGUUUAGCUGGAGAUUGUUGUUGGCAACGGUGAUAGGAUUUCUCGGAUCAGCGUGUGGGACGGUGGGAGGGGUAGGCGGCGGAGGCAUUUUUGUCCCCAUGCUUACUUUGAUUGUUGGGUUUGAUACCAAGUCUGCUGCUGCUCUCUCUAAAUGUAUGAUAAUGGGAGCAUCAUCAUCAUCAGUCUGGUACAAUCUGAGAGUUCCUCACCCAACAAAGGAAGUCCCCAUUCUUGACUAUGACUUGGCUCUUUUGUUCCAGCCAAUGCUCAUGCUUGGCAUCACAAUUGGUGUUUCCCUGAGUGUAGUCUUCCCCUACUGGCUCAUCACCAUUCUCAUCAUCAUUCUCUUCUUAGGGACCUCAUCAAGAUCUUUCUUUAAGGGAAUUGAGAUGUGGAAGGCAGAGUCGAUUCUAAAGAAAGAAAUGGCCAAACAACAGGAAGCUAUGGUAAAUUCCCAGGGUGAACCCCUGAUAGAUUCAGAGUAUGAUCCAUUGGUACCAAGAGAAAAGAAAUCAGAAUUACAAAUAUUACGUUUCAACUUUCGAUGGAAAAUGAUUUUGGUUCUAAUGCUAGUUUGGAUUGCUUUCCUAGUUGUUCAAAUCAUCAAGAAUGAUGUAGCUGUUUGUAGUACAUGGUACUGGAUACUCUUCAGCUUACAGGUCCCCAUUGCAUUAGCAGUUUUUGGCUAUGAGGCUGUCAAACUGAACAUGGAACACAAGAAGAGAAUGAGCACAGGAAGCACUCAAGCAAUUUGUGAGGCUUCAAUUCAAUGGACUGCAACAAACCUUGCAUUUUGUGCUCUCUGUGGCAUCUUAGGGGGCACUGUUGGAGGCCUACUGGGUUCUGGCGGUGGGUUCAUUCUAGGGCCACUCCUCCUGGAGAUUGGUGUCAUCCCCCAGGUUGCAAGUGCAACAGCUACAUUUGUGAUGAUGUUCUCUUCGUCUUUAUCUGUAGUGGAGUUUUACUUGCUGAAGAGAUUCCCUAUUCCCUAUGCUUUGUACUUGAUGGCAGUAUCUGUUUUGGCUGGCUUCUGGGGACAGUUUUUCGUAAGAAAACUAAUCACAAUUCUAGGAAGAGCUUCACUCAUUAUAUUCAUCCUCUCUGGUGUCAUCUUUGCAAGUGCUCUCAUAAUGGGGGUCAUUGGCAUUGAGAAAAGCAUAGAGAUGAUGCACAACCAUGAGUUUAUGGGAUUUUUAUCAUUCUGCAGCAGUCAAUGAUCACUGACCUUGGUUGGGAAGCAAGAAAGUGAGACUUAGUAGAAGAUAGAUACCUGUUGGAAGAAAGACAAAGUAUUAAUGGUAGAAGGAAUUGAAUUGGCUGGAAAAAUUUUGAUCUUCAAUGGGGAAAGCAGGCUGUAUGUUGUCCAAUCCCUAGUUGGCCAACGCAAAACCUAUGUUUGUGUAAUAAAAAAAGGCAUGUGUUUUUGUCUGGUUGCUGAGGAGUCUGAGUCUGUGUUCGCUGACAGCACCACCCCC